AAGACUCACAUGAUGCAUUUUAUCAAAACAAAACUUUUGAACCUUACCAGAAGAAGCAUGGUCGUGGAAACUUCCGCGGCAAGGGCAGGGGAGGCUACCGGCAUGGUGCUCUCGGUUAUGGCCCGACAGGUCAACCGAAGCAACCUAGCACUCAGCCUCCUGUCUGCUGGGCGUGCGGCAAGGAGGGCCACAUAGCAAAAUAUUGUCCGGACCCCCAUAAAAGCGGGGCUGUCCCUCCCUUGUGACUAACCGACAGUCAGCAUGGAACUGAAGGAGCUGUUUUGACAACAGCUCCCCCUAUUGAUGCAGAUUUGAACAUUCAGGACUUGUUGAUGAACAAUGUAGAGAAACCUGUGAUAACUUUGUUUGUGAAUGGUACUCCCAUUACCUUUUUGUGUGAUUCAGGAGCGUGCAUCACUACUUGUCGCGACAUUCCUGCGGAUGUGCGAGAAGGCGGGAGAUCCUUUUGGGUGAGGGCAGCAAAUGGAAUGACAACUCCAGUUCCUCAGUCUCAUCCAGUCUGGAUACGGGACCCUGAAGGAGGAAGUUGUUGCAUUCCUGUCUUGCUGAUGCCAAAUUGCCCUAUUAACUUGCUUGGAAGAGAUGCUCUCACUGCUCUUGGUCUUUCUCUAGUAUCUCUUGAUGACAAAAUCGUUGUCAAAAGGCGUCACCAAUUACAAAUAUUUGGUCAAUUUCAUUGCUACUAUUUUUAUUCAUUGGAUUUAAUUGACCCCGAGGUGAGACAAUUUGGGUCUCCUCUUUUGGCACGGGCCAGAAGCCUUUUGCGAUGCCCUGAGCAGGCAAUGGAACCAAACGACUUGCACGUGACCUUGUGGCACAAGGACACGCCCGGUCCUGACCAAAACUACGAAGCCAUGCUUAAGGCUGCUACGCCUAUCAUCUUGAGAGCAGCUUUCCUCUUACAUGAUGGUGAAAGCCGCGCUUGUGUAGUCAUGCAGCCAGCUCCCUCUAGAAUCGAAAAUUUACACAAGACGGCCACCCCGCUCCAUAUCUCUUUGUUCCGACCUUUUUCAUCCACAUGGCAAAGCGUGGGAUUCAUGGCCAAAGACGGAUUGGCUGCCCUUGACUGGACUCGAGAUAGUUCUGGUGUUCUUUACAGUCCUUCUACCAAGCUUUUCAGAAGUGUCUUGAACCACAUCUUUUUCCUUUCUUGUGGUGUGCAUGCUAAAACUUGUUCUGAGAAAGCACCCUCAGCUUGACAUUUUGUGUUGUCACCAGGAGAUGAGCAGGUCCUCGCUGAGGUCCCGACUGAUCUCUGGUCAACAGGGCCCUCUGACGUUGGGUUGGUGAAAAGUGCACUUCCUGUUGUCAUUAGACCUAAGACUGAGUACCGUCCUUGUGUGCGACAGUAUCCAUUGAAACCCGAUGCCCUGCAAGGCAUCGCACCUGUUAUUUCGGAUUUGCUAAAAGCUGGUGUCAUUAUUCUCUGUCCUGAUUCUCCUUGUAAUACUCCGAUUUUUCCUGUGAAGAAAGCGCCUCCUUCUGUCGGGUGGAGAAUGGUGCAAGAUUUGCAAGCAGUGAACAGCGCCGUCAUUCAGAGGGCACCUUGUGUCCCUGACCCACACACCUUGUUGAAUUCAUUGACGCCUGAUGCAAAGAUAUUCUCAGUAAUUGAUAUUAGCAACGCUUUCUUCUCUGUUCCUGUUGCUGAAGAAAGCCAGUUUUGGUUUGCAUUUACUUAUGCUGGCUCGAGGUACACCUUUACCAGACUGCCCCAAGGGUACUGCGAAAGCCCAACUAUCUAUUCGCAGGUACCAGGUUACUGGCCUCCUGGCUCCAGUGAAGAAGCUGUGUUUUUUUGCUAAACGUAUCACUUUGAAGAACCAAGGCUCAAGCCUUCUUUUGACCGUUACACUCCCUGAUGACACGGUUCGGCCCCCUCACGCUACCCUGCUCAAUACUUCCUGUUGGGGUUUUCAGUUGUGGGCUUGGUCCUCUGGGAAGGAUCCUCAGUUUCCUAUUGUCCUUUGCGUUAACAAAACUAUGCGGGGCGCUGACAGUCCCGUGUUGAGCGACUUUUCCAAAACAUCUGGGGCAGUGAUUACGAGCGUGGCCCUCACCGAUGUAGACAGUCACUUUGUGGCCUCCACAGGUAUGAGUGGCCAGACUAACAAUUGGCUCCUCAUGGCCGAGCAAGCUGCUAAUGUGACUAACACCAGUUGCGUUGUGUGUAUGGGCCCACGGCCCCUCUUGAGAAUCAUUCCCGCGAGUGUGGCUCCUGAGUGUGCGAUUUUUGUGAUGUCUACCCCUUCCAUUCCGUCUGCUCAUCCUUGCUCCAGUUGGGACAAGGUCUAUCCCGUUUCCUCCUUGGCAAAGUCCAAACCCCUUUUUUCCACUGAUGUUGCUAAAGGUAAUUUCACGUGCAUCAAGUUGCCCGGUACCGGCGCAAGCCUAGGCGUUUUGUCAGCUCCUUUGUGCACUUCCCUGUUCUAUGGCGCUGCCUUUUUCUCACCCAUCGCUCGUAGUGAUAUUUGGUUUUGGUGCGACACUGACAAACUUUAUGAUAGUCUCCCUUUUAAUAGCUCUGGUACUUGCGCUUUGGUGACCCUUUUGCUUCCCGUUUUAUUAAUGCCCGCAUCUACUCAUGAGCUAGACGUUUUUAUUGAUUCUUUUGUGCCCCGACCCUGGUCGAGGGCUAAGCGGAGUGCCGAGUGGCAAGGCGCGGCGGAUCCGACCUAUAUAGAUGCCAUUGGAGUUCCCAGAGGAGUGCCGGAUGAGUAUAAGCUGGUGAACCAGAUAGCAGCUGGUUUCGAAUCCUCCAUUUGUUGGUGGUGCACCCUUAACAAAAAUGUUGACAGGAUCAAUUACAUCCACUACAACGUGCAGAGGCUUGGAAAUUGGACCGAGGCGGGCUUCAGAGCGGUCCACUCCCAGCUGGCCGCGACUUCCCUCAUGGCUUUCCAGAACCGGAUGGCCCUUGACAUGCUACUCGCUAAGGAGGGCGGUGUCUGCGCCAUGUUCGGUGAGCAAUGCUGCACUUUUAUCCCAAAUAACACUGCAGCCGGCGGAAGCCUGUCCCUGGCCCUUGAAGGUUUGAGGACCUUGAAUGGGAAGAUGAAGGACCACAGUGGUGUGAACACGGAGGUUUGGAACAGCUGGCUGAAUGUGUUCGGCAAGUACCGCACCCUGGUUUCCUCGGUCCUAGUCUCCCUUGCCGUUUUUUCUGCUGUUUUGACCUUGUGUGGAUGUUGUUGCAUUCCGUGUCUCCGGUCCCUAAUUAAUAAAUUGAUUACGACCGCUAUCUCUCCGCCGGCUGACGCUUUUCCGUUGCUCCCUGAGGACGACUUUGAGCUCCCACGGCCCCCGAGUUGUCAUCUUCGCAUUGACUCCAUUGAUGAGGCCCCCGCUGUGGACCUGUCCGACCUUUUUCCUGAGUCCGACGUUGUCUGAUUGGCUUCGGUCGCCUCCCGAGUGUAAAUUUGUUCUUAUGACGUAUGAUCCUGCGGCUGAAAAUCUUUUGAAGUAGCCUUUGGGUGAUUUGAGGGUCUCUGAGAACUUAUGAUAAACAGGGGGGAAUUGUUGGAAAAUUGUAUAUAUAUGUUAUCAUGCGUUCUCUUUUAGUUUCUAUAUUACUAUAUUACAGUAAAUGAUGUCUCGUUAGAUCUACCGUUAGAUUAGAUCUGCGUACGUGCGUACGUUGUUCUGCUUUGCUGUUCUUAUGUCCACCACAGAAUACCACAUCAGCCAAGGUGUGAGGUCUUGUCUCGGUCAGCGAGAGACAGCAGCAACGACAUUGUGUCAGCCUUCCUCAAGUGGCUGACUCGGCACCUCACACCCUCAAGAAAUGGAGCGCUGGGAGCGCCCCUGGUCCUUGCUGAUAAGACUGCUUGAACCCAUUGAACUUGAUGAACUCUGUUUGCUCUUUCCUAUGUCGCCACAUUAGCAUAACGUUUGCAGUAAUCUACACACACCAGAAGUUUCCUGCGCUUACCAAAAGCAGAAACCGUUUGCGCUUCCCCCUACCCUUAUUUGGUUUCUGCUACACAUGUGAUGAGGAAAAUUCCCCAAAUAAAGAGAGCAAGGAUGCAGACAGACUUUAGUGUAGGUUGGGCAUUGUAAGCUGUCUGUACUGCACUCCUUGCGCAAGCUACGACUCAA